UGUCACUGUCACUUGAUUCACGUCAUUCGCGUUUGGCAAGUGGAGCACCAGUCGAGAUCUAUACCACUACUACUAACUACAUAACUUUAGGAUUAAAUAGGAGAAAAGUGCACCGAAAUGCAAUCCAAUAUUUGGAAUUUCGUGGCCUCAUCGAUUCGGCCGGUGGUCGCGAAAAGAUGUCAAACUGGAUUGCUGUACAGCGUGCAACACAGGCAAUACUCUUCGACGCAAGAAGCUGAUCUCGUUGUGAUCGGAUCAGGUCCUGGUGGUUAUGUGGCAUCGAUCAAAGCUGCCCAAUUGGGCUUGAAGACUGUGUGCAUCGAGAAGAAUGACACCUUGGGUGGAACUUGCCUCAACGUUGGCUGCAUCCCAUCCAAGGCCCUCCUCAACAACUCGCAUUACUACCAUAUGGCGCAUUCCGGAGAUUUGGCGAAUCGCGGAGUUUUAGUUGAUAAUGUGAGGAUUGAUUUGGAGAAGUUGAUGGCGACGAAAUCUGGCGCUGUGAAAUCGUUGACCGGUGGAAUUGCGCAAUUGUUUAAGAAGAACAAGGUUACCCAUAUCCAAGGUCACGGCAAGAUCACCGGGGUCAAUCAGGUGACGGCGACGAAGAGCGACGGAUCGACGGAGGUGGUGAACACGAAGAACAUCAUGAUCGCGACGGGAUCCGAAGUCACGCCGUUCCCGGGGAUCGAGAUUGAUGAAGAUACCAUUGUUUCGUCGACCGGUGCUCUCUCCUUGAAGAAGAUACCGAAACGUAUGGUCGUGAUCGGCGCCGGCGUCAUCGGUUUGGAACUGGGAUCGGUGUGGGGACGUCUCGGCGCCGAAGUCACUGCUGUCGAGUUCCUCAGUUCCAUCGGUGGUGUGGGUAUCGAUGGGGAAGUGUCGAAGACCUUCCAGAAGGUUCUGACCAAGCAGGGGAUGAAGUUCAAGCUGGGAACGAAGGUGACUGGAGCUAAGAAGUCGGGGGAUGUGAUCAAGGUGGCUGUGGCCGACGUGCUCAACCCGGACAAGACGGAGGAGCUCGAGUGCGACGUUCUUCUCGUGUGCGUCGGCAGGAGGCCGUACACGGAGAAUCUCGGUCUCGAAGAGAUGGGCAUCGAGAGGGAUCAGCGCGGUCGCAUUCCGGUCAACUCGCAUUUCCAAACUGUCAUUCCGAACAUCCACGCGAUCGGCGAUUGCAUCCACGGCCCCAUGUUGGCGCACAAGGCCGAAGACGAGGGCGUGGUUUGCGUCGAGGGUAUUUUGGGCGGAGCCGUCCACAUCGAUUACAACUGCGUACCGUCGGUCAUCUACACUCACCCGGAAGUCGGCUGGGUGGGCAGGACGGAGGAGGAUCUGAAAUGCGAGGGCGUCGAGUACAAGGUCGGCAAGUUCCCGUUCAUGGCCAACUCCAGGGCGAAGACGAACAACGAGACCGACGGUUUCGUCAAGGUGCUCUCCGAUAAGGGAACCGAUCGCAUCCUCGGCACCCAUAUCAUCGGUCCGUCCGCCGGCGAGCUGAUCAACGAGGCGGUGCUCGCUCAGGAGUACGGCGCGUCCGCCGAAGAUGUCGCCAGGGUCUGUCACGCCCAUCCGACGUGCGCGGAGGCUCUGCGGGAGGCGAACUUGGCCGCCUACUGCGGAAAACCAAUCAACUUCUAAAACUCCGCCCCCCCUUCUUCUUCUCUAAGCAAAGAAAGAAAAAAACAUUAAAAAUGAUGGUUAGUAUUUAAGUCACCCGUGUUAACGGCAAUAUUAUUAUAUCACUUGUACAUACUUGAACAGUUUAUGAAACAACAAGCAACAACAAUAAUAAAUGAAGACGAAACGAAAAUUAGAACAAGUUUCUAGGCGCCGCCCAUCCGCCCACAUUCAUCACACAUUCGCGAGUAAUAAACGUUUUAAUUUAUACAGUGUUGUAGACUCUGCACAUAUCGUCGUAUUUGUUCUGUUCCUCCUCUCUUCUUCGUCUUAAUUGUUGUCUGUAUAUAUAUACUAAACAGAGAAAUAAGGUGUAAUUAUUAUUGUUUUUGUUUUCGGAUCCAAAUAAAAUCAGGAGAAACGA